AUGUAUCGUCAAAUUUUGAUCAAUCCAUCACAUGCUAAGUACCAGCGUAUUCUGUUCAGAACUUGCCCAGACGAAGAAGUUUCUGAUUACCAAUUGAAGACGGUAACAUUUGGUGUCAAUUGCGCCCCAUACUUGGCUCUUAGAACUCUUUUAAAAUUGGCGGAUGACGAAGAGUAUCGUUUUCCAAUUGGCUCAAAAAUUCUAAGAAAUAAUAUGUAUGUCGAUGAUGCUUUGGUAGGCGUUCAUACUGUUUCUCAGGGGUUGAAAGCGAAGGAAGAAUUGAUAGAAAUUCUUGAAUCAGGUGGAUUUGAGCUUCGAAAGUGGACGUCCAAUUCCAAAGAAAUUCUGAAGGGUCUGGCUCGUGAAAAACUUUUAAAUGAGGAAUUUCUGGAGCUCGGCGACAAAAGCUCUGCAAAGACGUUGGGUAUUCGGUGGAACGCCUCGGUAGAUAGUUUCUACUUUGUUAUGGACAAAAUUCCAGAAAGAAAUUCGUAUUCUAAGAGGCAAGUGUUGUCCAUUAUCGCAAAGAUUUUUGAUCCUUUGGGUUGGCUUUCCCCAAUUAUAAUAACUGCGAAGAUUCUCAUGCAGCAAUUAUGGCUCGAUGAUGUUGGAUGGGAUGACCCCCUAAAGCCACAUACUUUAUUAAGCUGGAAGAACUUUGUCUCAACUUCCGUUGGAAUUGAAGAAAUUAGAAUACCAAGGUGGGUAAAUUACUCUGCUGACUGCAAUGUUCAAUUACACGGGUUCAGUGAUUCGUCGGAGUCGGCUUAUGCAGCAGCGUUGUAUUUGAGAGUUGAAGUGGGACAUAAUAUUUUUUCGAAUUUGCUCGUUGCGAAAUCUAAAGUUGCCCCUUUGAAGAAGAUGUCGCUACCUCGAUUAGAGCUCUGUGGCGCCUUGCUGCUUGCGGAGUUAGUAGAUUCAGUUUUGCCUCAAUUGGAUAUUCAAAAGACAUCUUUGUUUGCUUGGUCAGACUCGACUAUUGUACUAGCUUGGCUCAAGAAACCAUCAUACUCUUGGACAACGUUUGUCGCAAAUAGAGUUUCUAUUAUCCAGGAGAAAAUAGGAAGUGACUGGCAUCAUGUUCCUACGGAUGAAAAUCCGGCAGAUCUGGCAACCCGGGGGCGGACUCCUUUAGAAAUAAAGGAGAGUGGUCUGUGGUGGCAUGGACCAUCCUGGCUCAAAUCGCCCGAAAAUAGAUGGCCGUCUGGUGUGGUGAUAUCUGAAACAAUAUUGGAGGCUAAACAUAUAAAAGUUCAUUUUGCUCGAUCUGCCGUGGAGGAAGAUAUAUUAGAACGAUUUUCUUGUCUAUCCACAGCAACUCAUGUUGUAGGGCACAUAAUUCGCUUUUUCAACCGAACGCACGGGAAAGCCAAGAAGACAACGUGUUUUGAUACCGUAAGGUUGUCAGCGGAUGAAAUUAGUUUUGCCCGACGCCGUUUGAUGUCUGUGUCACAGAGAAUCCAUUUCCCCUCGGAAUAUGAUUGCCUCCUUAAAAAUCAGAAGAUUGAGUCUGGGAGCCCUCUUUUGUCACUAAACCCUUUUCUCGACAAAGACAGCCUUAUUCGAGCCAACGGAAGGUUGAGUUCUGCCCUUUCAAUAUCGUACGAUGAAAGGUAUCCAAUUAUUCUGGCCCAUAAGAGCAGAUUCGCUGCACUGUACGUUGACUUUGUUCAUCGUCUUACCAACCAUGGUGGCAUUCAGCUAACUCUGGCUACUACACGCCUCGAAUGCUGGAUCAUAAGAGGCCGGAACUUGGUGAAAACUCGUUACCGAAAUUGUACGAAGUGCGUUCUGGCUCAAAAGAAACGACAAACACAGCUAAUGGCUGCCCUUCCUCCAGAACGGACUACAAUAUCCCGACCAUUUUCCACAUCUGGGGUAGAUUUCGCUGGCCCGGUGGAAAUUAAGAAUUUUAGUGGUAGAGGCUGCCGCAUUUCGAAAGGUUAUAUUUGUCUGUUUGUUUGCUUCGCCACCAAGGCGAUCCAUUUGGAACCGGUCAGCGACCUUUCAACCCCGGCGUUUAUCGCCGCUCUUGCUCGAUUCGUUGCCCGGCGUGGUUGUCCCCGUCAUAUAUACUCGGACAAUGGUAAGAAUUUCGUGGGUGCUGAUCGCGAAAUACGAUCCAACCUCAUGAAGAUUAUAUCAGAAACCAGAGACGAUUCUGUUACUCGAUACGGGUUUCAGAAGUUAGAAUGGCACUUUAAUCCUGCCGCAGCUCCACAUAUGGGUGGCCUGUGGGAGGCAGGGGUUAAAAGUUGCAAAAUGCACCUGAAGAAAAUCUCAGGGCAGAUACGACAUACAUUCGAGGAGCUCUCCACUAUACUCGCCCGCAUAGAAGCGUGCCUUAACUCUAGACCACUUACUUCCUUAACCGAUGGCAUAGAUGACCCUAGCGCCCUUACUCCCGGGCACUUCCUCAUCGGCGGUCCUUUGUUGUCUCUUGCUGAGCCCGACGAAGUCGAAAAUAAAACGUCCUUGUUGAACCGUUGGAGACGUAUAAAGUUGAUUUCUCAAGAAUUUUGUAGGCGCUGGAAAAUGGAGUAUCUCAAGGAGCUCCAUAAACGCACUAAGUGGAAAGUGGCUCAAAACGAUCUACAACUUGAUGAUAUUGUGGUGCUACAUUCUGACUCACUUGCUCCAAAUGAGUGGCGCAUGGGUCGCGUGGUAAAAUUACACUUUGGACAGGACAAUAGGGUUCGAGUGGUGGACUUGAAAACCCUGAACGGCGUGAUAACGCGUCCUGUACACAAAUUAGUACUCCUUCCUCGUCCCGAAUAA